GGUCGAAUCAACUUGGACCUCUUUGACGAGGAUGUCCCCAAGACCGUCGAAAACUUCCGAGCGCUGUGCACUGGGGAGAAGGGCUUCGGCUACAAGGGCUCCAAGUUCCACCGCGUCAUCCCGAACUUCAUGCUCCAGGGUGGCGACUUCACCCGCGGCAACGGCACCGGCGGCAAGUCCAUCUAUGGCGAGAAGUUUUCCGAUGAGAACUUCAAGUUGAAGCACACCAAGCCUGGCCUACUCUCCAUGGCCAACGCCGGCCCUAACACCAACGGCUCUCAGUUCUUCAUCACCACUGUUGUCACUUCCUGGCUCGAUGGCCGCCAUGUCGUCUUCGGCGAGGUCGCCGACGAGGAGUCGAUGAGGGUGGUGAAGUCACUGGAACUUCUCGGUGAUGACAAGGGUACGGUUAAGGAGGGUAGCGAACCCACCAUCGCCAGUUCCGGCGAGAUCACGGAGUAG